CAUCCACAGUGAAAUUGAUGAGUUGAUGAGACCUACAAUGACCUACAUACUGUUGGCUUUGGAGGAUGGCCAUCACUGUUGCUUUAAUACACAUAUUUAACUUCUAGUAUUAGGGUUAGCUGAACUAAAAAUGUCCAAACAUUAAGGGCUAGUUCCUCACCCAUUUCACCCUCUUUAUCAGGUCCAUUCAGAUCUUCAUAGCAUUCGCUUGGGAGUGAGGGUGACCGUUUCACCCCAGGAUGGUCUUUUUACUUAAUUGUACCUCAUACAGAGAGGAUAAAGAUGUUUAUUCUCCACAUUGUAGACACAUCCACCCAGUUUUUCCAUCAAGUUUUUAACUAAAUCUUGAGGUCAAACCAGACAUACUCGCAUGGAGGGCUGUGGCUUUUCAUUUCUGCAGAAUAAUGAAUAUAAAUCAUAUUUAAACAAAUUAAUAACACAUAGUUAAAACAAAUUAAAUGGUUACAUCCAUAUGCAUAAUAUGUCACCUAUGGUCUAUUCAUAUUAAUAAUAGAAUUUAACAUUUUUGAAGACCUGGUUAUUUUAUAGUGUUAUUUUUGGUACAAAAGACAAACUUAUUUAUUUCGUCUUUUUCAAAAGAACUACAUUUCCCACAACUCCUUUCCUCUUCUGGGAUCAUAUUUCUCUUAGCUCAGCCGCCACUUAUAUCAGCAGAGGUCCUCUCUCUCUUUUACUGUCUAUGGGUCCAGUCACGGUUCACUACAUGCUGCACAUAAGUGAACCAUACAAGAGUUAUGAAAUAACUUCUUCAUGACAAAUUACUCUCCUCGUGUUUUCUACUGCCAGUAGAUAUGGAUAUGGAAAAACUACAGAAUGCCCUUCUAAUUUACAGUGUGAUUCAUUGCAACAAAGCCAUUUGAUGGGUUAUGUGAAUGGAAUAGAAUUAAUUAAAAAAAAAAAAUAACUGGACAACCCCAACUGCAAGUAACAAGCAGAUCACUUAUGCACUGUGGUGUUGCCUCAGAAAAGUUGGGAUCAUUUUAAUGGCUUGUAAGUAGAAUACAUUUAGAAACUGUUAUAUAGAUACAGAUGCAACAGCCUUUCAGAUGCACAUAACCUUUACACACUCCUUGCAUUCUCCUGAGCUUUGCAGUAUCUGAGACCACAAAUUGUUUUCAGGUUGUUUGUUUAUUUUUGCCUGUUGCUUUCUGUCUGACCAUCACACCACAGCCCAAAAUAUAUUUUUGAACUCUAGGACAGAGACUUUUAGGAGGGAAAUAUAGGUACAGAUUACCUCAGCCUCACACAUGUUAGGCCAGCACAUCCAACUCUUAUCUCAGAGUCUAAAAAGGAAAUGGGUGCAUGUGCACGAAAAAAAUGUUCCCUUUACAGACACACACACACACACACACACACUUCAACACACGCUAACCAGUGUAACUUGCACUCUUACUCCCAAGCAUUUUGUCCAGUGCUGAGGUGUGGUGUGUUUACCGUCACUCUGCUGUGAGUUUUCGCACCAGUGGUCCAGCUGCUUGCUGAUGCACUAUUCAUUCCCAUAAACUCUUGUCUCUCCUCCUCUAUCAGCAGCCUCCCAUCGCCUGCCAUCAGACAUACUCUCAGUGGACUAUAGACUUACACUAGGGUUGUGUGUGACAUAUUCUACACUCACUUUUUUUUGUGUACACGUUUAUGCUGUCUGGAGUUUGUGAGCGCAAUGGCCCGUUUUUUCCCGCUGAUCCUUGGGCCCUUGGUGUGGCUAGCAUUCAGGAGCUGUCAUGCUGACGGGCGUGUCUUUGUGCUGGAGAUGCAGAACGUGUCCGAGACGGGGCAUGAGUGGGCGAGAAAGGCGUGUGCCGCCCACAGUGCCCGGUUGGCAUCAGUGGCAGACCUGUGGCACGCCAUUUUGGAAUGCUCUUUCUCCGUCUGCACAAGAGGAUGGAUGGAUGGGGCCACUGUUGGGACAACCAUUUGUAAGAGUGAAAAUGGGGCAGGCCUACGAACAGUGGAUGUGAAGGUGGAGGAUGAUACAUUAGAGGAGGAAGAGAGACGAUUGGAUGCCUUCUGUGUCAAAGAUAAAGGAGCCCCAUGUGGAGCGCCCCCUACCUUCCCCCACACACACAUGCAGAGCCAGACCGGCCUGGAGCUGGGAGACGAGCUGGUGUUUGGGUGUGAGGCCGGCUUCAGCUUCUCCUCGGGCGACACAGCCUUCAGCCUGCUCUGCGACAGCUGUGGGGAAUGGUACGGCCAUGUGCAGCUCUGUGCCAAAGAUGAUGAAGCAGAGGCCCAUUUGGAUUAUGAGGACAAGUUUCCUGAUGGAGGUAACAUCUACUCCGACUCAGAGGAUGGAGCCAGCCAGGCCACCGAGAGAGGAGGAGAAGAAGAGGAGGAGGAGGAGGAGGAGGAGGUGGAGAACGGAGAGACUCAAACAGAGGGGCAUAGUGAAGGAACAGAAGGUGACACAGCCGGAGGAGAAGAGGAGGAGGGAGGAGAAACAGACGAGAAAGAGAGAGACGACGUGAACGCUGGGUCGGUGACAGACCCGCCCGUGUCCCUGCUGAGUCAGAAACAUCUGUUCUGGUUCCCCUCGGAGGCUUUCCACGAUGACGACCAUGUUGACACUCACACGUCAGACCACAAACACUCCGGCGCCAAAGAAACAGAUAGCGGGGUCGAAGACACUGUUGAUCAGGAGAGCCACAGCGAUGACCACACCGAGCAGGAGAGCCACACCCACGACCACACAGAGGAGGAGAGCCACACCCACGACCACCCAGAGGAGGAGCACCACAUCGAUGACCACGCCGAGGAGGAGCACCACAUCGAUGACCACCCAGAGGAGGAGCACCACAUCGAUGACCACACCGAGGAGGAGCACCACAUCGAUGACCACCCAGAGGAGGAGCACCACAUCGAUGACCACGCCGAGGAGGAGCACCACAUCGAUGACCACACCGAGGAGGAGCACCACAUCGAUGACCACCCAGAGGAGGAGCACCACAUCGAUGACCACACCGAGGAGGAGCACCACAUCGAUGACCACCCAGAGGAGGAGCCGCCCACCGACGAGGUUCUGCAGCUCACCGACAAGUCCUGGCUGGACGGGUACCCCAUCGACGAGGAGUUCACCAAAUCGACAGAGAUCGGCUCAGAGGAGGAGGUGAAGGACAUUUCUAAAGAACACGAGGAAUCCGUAACCAGUGAGGAGUAUGAGAAAGCCAUAGACAGCUCAGAGGAGACUUUUAAGGGGGUGAUUGAACAGCCAGAUGCCACGGAAAUGUACCCGACCUUCUUCACCAAUGUCAGUGACGUCACAACUGCAUUGCCAUUUCUGCAUGCCACCACAGAGUCGUUGAAUGGUGAUGGGUCUGAUUCGGCCACACCCUCUGGGGUGGGACCUUAUGACAUGACAUUAGAUGCUAUGGCAACCACUGUUGUUUAUGGAAGCACCGGCACCACCAUCCCAGAAUUCUUUCAUCACGCAUCGCUUCCGACUGAGAGCAACGACAUGACUGUUUUUGUUGAGGAUAUCACAAGUGUUCCUUUCCACGUUACACUGAGUCCCGAAGACGUCACGGACAGUGAUGACCUGGGCAGCCCGCCUGCUCUCACCACGGUUCUACCUGAUGACCUCAUCACCUCUCCGUCCACUGACAUUCCCGUCCUGAUUCACGACAUCAGUGGCGUCGAUUCAGACCACCACAAUCUGACCAAGCAGAGCGCGCCCACUGAGGAGCCGUGUGAUCUGGACGUUUGUCCGUCAUCCAGGAGCAGUUCGUUAAUUGCCAUAGUAACAGUGGGCACGAUUGUUGCGGUGGUGGGUCUGGCUUUGGGGGCGUGGCUCUACCGAAGGAGACAGCGAAAGAGUUCACACUAUCAGUUCAAUGGAACUAACUCACACACUCAAAACUUUGAGAUGCAGCAGACUGCCUAAAAUACCCACCCAGUCUGACAUUAUUAUACGUACUCUCUCACUCGUAUCUACACAGAAAACAGCUGUUUGUUUUGUGUUGAUGUACAUUUUGAUGGUUUGUUUUCUGUCCAGAUUUUUGCUUCAGUGAUUGUAAUUAAUUUCAUUCUGCUUUGAGAGAGGCCCUUGUGCUUGUGUGUGUCCUGGUAAGUGUAUUAUUAUUUUUUCUCUUUCAAAAAUAAAGGUGCACACACU